GUCAGACGGCGUGGUGACGUAAGCGUCGUGACGUUUCUGGGUGAUUCCCGUCUAUAGCGUUAAGCACAGGCAACAGGAGAGCACAAGACGGCUUCUAAACAUGGCUCUGAAUCGAAAUCACACGCACAACGGCAACGUUUUGAUAAAUAACGGAGAAAGUGUUUUAAGGGAGUGCAAGAAUGUGGAGCUGUCAUUCAGUGAUGUCACCUGCAAGACAGAUCUGCUGAAGGGGACCAAGAAGGGCACGGUGUACCUCACACCAUACAGGUUGGUGUUUGUGUCCGGUAACACCAAGGACUGCUUGGGUUCAGCCAUGUUUCCCUAUUACCUGAUGAAGGGCUGCAGUAUUGAGCAGCCAGUCUUUGCAGCCAACUACAUUAAAGGGACCGUGUCUGCUGAGCCUGGUGGUGGCUGGGAGGGUCAGGCGCAUUUCAAGAUGUCAUUCCCCAGCGGAGGAGCCAUAGAGUUGGGACAACACCUCUUCAAACUGGCCACAAAUGCUUCUCGUGCUGCUCCGGCGCAGAAUGGUGCUGCUGCUUACGGUUACCCUUCACCUGGCAUGAUGAAUGGCUACGGCCCACCUCCACCUGCUUCUCAAGGCUAUCCUUACCCACCACCACCACCGCAGCAGCAAAAUGGCUUCUACCAGGGGCCUCCCCCUGCUGCUGCUGGCAACAUGGCCUACCCCUAUCCGCCAGCUGCUGCAGGAAUGUACCCAUCUGGUUUCGACUACAUGGCCCCUCCUCCCCCGUACCCUGGGCCGCCACAAAACUGGGCUGCACCCCCCCAGAACUGGACAGCACCACCACCACCUCCAGGUAACUCGAAGGCGGCUGAAGCAGCAGGCAGCGCAUAUUACAAUCCCAGCAAUCCCCACAAUGUCUACAUGCCCAUGGAGCGGCCUCCACCAUACGCACCUUCUUCAGAUUAUCCUGACAAGAAAAACAACUGAGACUCAGGCACCUUCACUUCAGUGACACUCCUUUCUUGCAUCCUCUGUAUCCUAAAUAAAUUCUAAAGUGAAGUUUU